GGACGCGGGAGGGGCGCGCGCACGCGCCGCACACGGCCACGGGCCACGCGACGACCGCCGGGCAGCCCCCUCCCGACGGCCGCGGCGGCAGUGACCGUGGCGCGCCACGCCGCGCGCCACCCCGGCCCCUCGGGGGACGGCGGAGUCCGGGGGAGACGGGAGGUACCUGGAAAGGGGAAGGCGGGCGAGGGGCACGGCGCGCCCCCACGGGCCACCGCCCCGACGCCGACCACCGACCGCCGACCACCGCGCCCCCGCCCGAAGCCGCGCGCGGGCCUCGGCGCUGCCGGCCCGUGACACACGGGGGGCCCCCGCCGCGCGCCGGUCGACCGCCGCCCGGAGGGCCCCGCCGGGCGCCGGACAGCCAGCCCCACCGGCCCCCCCCGGAACGGGGCAGAGCCCUUUCCCCACCGCAGCGCCCUCACACGCUCCCCCCCCCCCCGCCCCCCGCCCAGAGCGGCGGGACGACCGACGACGACCGGCCGAGGCGGACCGGUCCAGGGCCGGCGGCGCGGGAGGCGACGGGGCAGGGCGAGCGGCCCCACGACGGGGAGAGCCGCCGCCCGUCACGCCGCACAGCCCGCGAGACGCGACCGGAGGACCCGCGCCGCGCGGGGUCCACGGGCCGGGGUGGGGGAGAGGCGGUCGUGGCCGGCGCCACGGGCGGUGGGGGCGGGGCGGCGGAGGCCGGGCGGCGAGGACGCGGCGACCGGCCCGCGGGGGGGCGAGACCGGGGACCCCCGUCCCGCGCUCGGGCGAGCGCACCGGGGCGGGGGGCGCCCCCUCGUCCGGCACGCGACGGCGGCGGCGGCGGCGGCGACGACGACACGGGCGACGGAUCGGGGCCGCGGCGGGCCCGGGAAGCGAGGCACACCGGGGCACGGCCCCGGGGAGCAGCAGACGGCGAGGGGACCGAGGCGGACGGACGGACGGAGAGGGGCACCGACGGGAUGCGGCCACGCGGGGCCGACACCUCGCGACCGGCGGCGGAGGUGGGGUGGCCGCGCGCCACCGCGAGGGGAACGGCCCAAAGCGACCCGGGGGAGGGGACGCGAGUCGGCCGCCGGGGCCCACCGCGGGAUCUCACCGCCACAGGCCCUCCCGGCACAGGGGCGGUCCCGCGGCACCACCUGGGGACGACCGCCUGGCGCCCCCACCCUCGCGGGGCUCACGCCCACCGCCACCCCCGGAGCCGCAGCCGGCCCGGGGAGAACACUCUCCCGCCGCACACCGGCGCCCCCUCCUCCCCCCCCACGGCCCUGACGCGCGCGGGGCCCCCCGCCCCGCCCCCCUCGCUCAGGGCUCCGAGGGCACUGCUCCGCCCGGGGACGCCACCGGCCCGGCAGAGGCCGGGGGACGACACCCACGUGAGGCGAGGCGAGGCCGGCUCGGGCCCAGACAGGGGACUGGAACGCGGGCGGUCGCACGCGCGGGACGAGGAGAGGCGAGGCCGGCGGCGGCGGCGGGGAGGGGCCGGCAAGCACGCACGGCGGGGGCCGCGGGACAGGGACGCGGGCGCCGUCCGGGGACCAGAGGAAAGAGACCGGGCACGCGGCCGGGCCCCCAGGAACACCAGCGCGGGAUCCCACCGCCACCCGCACGCGAGGGCGGUCCCGCGACGCCCGGGGCGCCGGCCGGCCCCGGCCAUCCCCGGAGCGUGGCCCACGACCCGGCCCCGCCGCCAGGGCCGGCGAGCCGUCCACCCGUCUUCCGCCAUCCAUCCGCGACAGGUCCGUCUUCCGUCUGAGUCUGAACCCCGAGGCGCGACACCCCGGGCACAACGCUCUCGAGCGAGGCGGCCCGGACCGGCUCACACCACGGGGGGGCCGGCCGCACGCACACGGCCCCCCACCUGCCGGACGCCCGGCGGGGCCCAGCGGGACCCUCCCCCGACUCGGACGGGGGAGGCGCGGGCCGCGAGAAGGCGUUCUCACCGAGGGCGCGCCGUCCCUCACCCGGACCGUGUCGCCUUCGGGCCCACGGAGGCGCUCCCACCAGCCACCAGUCCUCAGCUGGGCGGGAGGGGUCUGCGGUACAGGGAAGCGGACCACCGCGCAGGAGCGUGUGCGCGGUCAGGGCCAGAGCAGAGCCCGCGUCCCGCCCCCUGCGAGGCCUCAUCCGCCAAGGAAGGCCUCCACGACGAGGGGAACAGGCACGCCUCUCCCUACCGCCUCGACCCCCCGCCCCCCGAAGAGAGCCACUCAACGGGACACACGCGCCACCGUGGCGGGGACCCGAGGGGGACACCGGGUUAA